AUGUCUUGGAGAAACAAUUCACAGAGGACAGGCGAGAACGCCGCACCGCUACAGAAUGCCCGUCGCUGGGGCGGCGGCGGCGGUGCAGGAGGAGCCAGCGAUGGAUAUGCGCCUCCUCCGAUGGCCACGUCAGCAUCAUACGGCCAAGACGCAGCGGCAAUGGCAGCAGCUGCCAGAGCCGCGGAGAUCGCAGCAAAGCUCGCCGGUGGUGGUGGUGUAUAUGGAGGGGAGAAGCGAGACCGAGCAGGGUCGGAUGGCAGCCCCGCCGGAGGAGAUGAUGCACCGCGCAAACGACGCUCUCGCUGGGGUGAUGCUGCACCUACCACGGGAGUGACGACGGCAAUUACAGGCGCUGUCAACGUCGCUGACUUGGACCGAUAUGCUCUCUCGGUACGCCUCGACGAGAUCUCACGAAAGCUGCAAACAGGCGACGUCGUACCACCAGACCGCGAGCGCAGUCCAUCUCCUCCUCCUAUCUAUGAUGGGCAAGGGCGUAGGACGAACACCAGGGAGGUCCGCUACCGCAAGAAGCUCGAAGAUGAGCGCGUGCAGAUCGUCGAUAAGCAACUCAAGCUCGACCCGAACUACCGCCCACCCGCCGAAUACCAUGCCUCGAAGCGCAAUCGUCAGCCUCAAGAGAAGGUCUAUCUCCCUCUCAAGGAGUUCCCCGAAAUCAACUUCUUUGGUCUCCUCGUCGGCCCUCGUGGCAACACGCUCAAGGGCAUGGAGAGGCAGUCCGGCGCCAAGAUUGCCAUCCGCGGCAAGGGCAGUGUAAAAGAAGGCAAAGGUCGAGGAGGCGACGAAGACGAAGAGGACAUGCACUGCGUCAUUACCGCAGACGACGAUGCUAAGGUCAAGCAUUGCAUCCAGCUCAUCAACAAGGUCAUCGAGACGGCAGCCUCUACCCCUGAGUCGCAGAACGACCACAAGCGGUCCCAGCUUCGAGAGCUCGCCACGCUCAACGGUACGCUGCGAGACGACGAGAAUCAGGUCUGCCAGAAUUGCGGCGCAAAGGGCCAUCGAAGGUUCGAGUGCAAUGAGCAGCGCAACUAUACGGCUCAUAUCACCUGUCAUCGAUGUGGUGGACAGGGACAUCUGGCGAGGGAUUGCACACAGCCCAGGCAGGGCUUUGGACCGCCGGGAAUGGGACCAGGUGGUUUCGGAGGAGGAGGCAUGCCAGGUGGACCGCAGCAGCCUGGUGGGCCCAACGGCGGGGGUGGGUUUGACUCCGAGUACGCAAGCUUGAUGGCAGAGCUCGGCGAAGGGGGCGCUGGACGUGGUGGUUCGGGCACGCCAAUGGGCGCAAUGGCUGGCGGUCCAGGCGGACCAUCUGCGCAGCAGCCAGGUGGACCAAGCAAUGGGACGCAGCAGCAACAGCAGCAGCAACCACAACUGGGCCCGGAUGGCAAGAAGAUCCCGCCCUGGCGUCAGCCGGACAUUUGGUCAACUCCUGGCUUCUCUGGACCUGGCGGAGGUGGAGGCUUCGGCGGACCGCGACGAGGCGGCUACGGGGGAGGGUUUGGUGGGCAUCACGGAGGUGGCUUUGGUGGGCCAGCAGCUGCGACGGGCGCCAAUGCGUAUGGUCCCACGGGCGGCCAAGGCUGGGCCGGCGCAGGCGGAGCAGGUGGCUAUGGUGCUCAUGCAGCUGGAGGCUACGGUCAAGCUGCUGGCGCCGAUGGCCAUCAGCAGCAGCAGCAGGGACAGCAGCAGGACUACUCGGCAGAAUGGGCAGCCUACUACGCACAGCAAGCUCAGCAGCAGCAACAGGGCACCGGCGCAGACCCAGCAGCUCAGCAAGGAGGAACAGCACAAGGCGCUGCUGCAGGUGGCGAGCAGAAAGACUACAGCAAGGAGUGGGAAGAGUAUUAUCGCCAACAGGCGCUGCUUCAGCAGCAACAGCAAGGUGGUGGUGGAGGCGGGUACUAA